GAAAUGGACAGCGAAGGCAGAACUUCAUUCCUGAGCCUUUGAAACUGCUUCGGGCGUCACAAUCUCAGGCAAAGCUGUGCAUACCAAGAUACCCUGAAUAAUCUGCGCUGUUACAAUGGAUGAAGCCAAUCAGAUAGCAAAGGACUCCGUACCCCGAAUUGAUGCAUAUGGAUUUAUAAGACCUGUAGAAUUUGACUAUGCAGUUUAUGAAGAGUUCAUUGCCAGAUAUCGCGUGGUCCUUACCAGGAGAGCACUGAAAUGGUCUAAACUUCUUCAGCAGUCUGCAGCGGUGGAGAAAAGUAUAAAAGUGAAGCGCUACAUUAGGAAAGGCAUACCUAAUGAGCAUCGCUCUCAUGUGUGGAUGGUAGUGAGUGGCGCUCAGGCCCAGAUGGGCACGAAUACAGGAUAUUUUCGACGUAUGUUUAUAGAGGGAGAAAAGAACCCAAAGUUGCUGGAUCUUGUAAAUACAGAUCUUAACCGAACAUUUCCUGACAAUGUACAGUUUCGGAAAAAUUCAAACCCUUCUUUGCAAAAACACUUGUACAAUGUUUUGGUGGCUUAUGGACAGCAUAAUACAACUGUGGGCUAUUGUCAGGGCAUGAAUUUUAUAGCUGGGUAUCUGAUUCUUUUGACAAAAGAUGAGGAGAAAGCGUUUUGGUUGAUGGAUGCUCUCAUUGGACGAAUUUUGCCAGAUUACUACAGCCCUGCAAUGACUGGACUGAAAACUGACCAGGAGGUUCUGGGGGAUCUAGUGAAAAAGAAGUUGCCAGCGGUGUCCCAGUUGAUAGAAGCACAUGGGGUGAUGUGGACUUUAUUGGUAUCCCGCUGGUUUAUUUGCUUAUUCAUUGACAUCCUCCCUGUAGAGACUGUUUUGAGAAUUUGGGACUGUUUGUUCUUUGAAGGAUCAAAAGUUCUCUUCCGUGUGGCCUUAACACUAAUCAAACAAUAUCAAGCUUUCAUAUUGGAAGCCAGGAACUUUCCAGAUAUCUGCGAUAAAUUUAAAGAGAUCACAAAGGGCGAGUUUGUUACAGAUUGUCACUAUUUUAUGCAGAAAAUCUUUGCAGAACCUGGCAGCUUAUCCAAAACUACCAUUGACAAGCUGAGAGAGAAGCAGAGACUCCAGCUGGCUAGUGAGGAGAAGUGAAUCUACUACAGAGCGAAUCAUGACAUUCCUUCCAUACAACUGUUGCACUGAGCCCGUUGCACACCAAGUACAGUUCCAGCAUUCCUGGCAGUAAGUGCUUAACACAAGACAAAUGAUUGUUAUUAUCUACCUGCCCUUAAGUGCUUCAACCACUUUGUACUCUUUUUUCAAAUGUCUGAAUCUGACCAAAUGGAAUAUGCGCAAGAGUUUUUGUAAAUAUAUAAUACACAGAACCCAGUGUGGAGCCUGCAACUCAAGUGGAAUAAAAAAUAUUUAUUUCCAAAA